AUGCAAAAACGAAUUUAUGUAUCAUUAUUUUUUUUGGUAUUCUUUUUAUCAAAAACUUCCGUUGUUCUUUCCAAAGAUGAUGGUCAACGUCAGGGAAAGGAUUCUGAUAGUAUGAAUAAAUAUAAUUAUAUUUAUAGACCUAAUGCAGACAACGGAAUUCACAACAAUUUAAGACCCUCAUCAUAUAUUGAUAUGGAACAUAUAGCUAAAGGAAGAGAUAAUACGUCAGGUUUGAGAGAAAACGAACUAUUUGAUAUACAAAAUGAUGAAAAUUCUAAUAUGGUUCCAGAUGAUGAAAAAGUUAUUACACUAUCAGAUAAAAUUUAUUCUGAUAAAAUAAAAAGGAUUAUUGAAUACAGAAAAUGGAGAGCACAAUCUAAAUUUAGGUCCCCUGCUAAAACACCUGAGGAAGAUAUGUUUGUAGAAGGAUAUAAACCCAUAAAGAGAAGAGAUGAUAAUUUAUUACCUUAUGAAAAAGAUGAAAAAGAUUUUGAAGAGACAAUACAAAAAUAUGUAGAUCUAGAAAACAAAUUACAAAAACAAAAAGAGUUAGAAGAAGCAGAAAGAAGGAAAAAGGAAAUUGAAGAUGAAGAAAGAAGGAGAAAAGAUAUUGAAGAAGAAAAUAGAAAGAAAAAGGAAUUAGAGGAUGCCAAAAGAAAGAAGAAAGAUAUGGAAUAUCAAGAAAUGAUGAAAAAAUAUAUUGAAGAAGAAGAAAAAAUGAAAAAAAAAUUAGAUGAGGAACAAUCAUACAAAAAACUAGAAAAUUUAGAAUUAGAGAAUAUGAAUACGAAAAUAAAUAAUGAUGAUAUGUAUGAUGUAGAAAAUGGAUUUAAUGAUGACAACAAAUUAUACACUAAAAUUAAUAAAAUAGUUUCUCAGGUUUCCCAAAACAAUGAAUUAUAUGUCAAUAUAAUGAAAUAUAUAACUCUUGUGUACACUUCUCAUGUUGAUAUAAAACAAGAUAAUUUUACUAAUGGAUCCAUAUCAAUUUUUUUAACAUUUGAAAAUCCUAAAAUGGGAAAUGACCUUGCUAAUAUAAAUAUAUCAUUUUUUGCCAGUGAACAAACAACUAGUACAAAUGAAGUUGCAGAAGCAAGAUCAAAUUAUUUAACUAAUUAUAACAUGAAUGCAUUAUUAGAAGAUAAUGCAUCUGGAAGGCUUUUAUCUCAAGAUGAGUAUAUAAAAGAGUUGGUUAGAUAUAGUCAUUCGAUUAAUUCAUCUAAUAAAGAAAAUUUAAACAAUGAAAAUUAUGAUGUUAAUAUGAAUAUUUCUAAAAUUUUACAAUACAUUAUAGAUAAUGAUAUUAAUCUUGUGGAUAAUUUUAUAACAUUCAAUAGAACUAAUGAAGAAGAAGUAACAAUAUCAAAAUUAGACGAUUUUCUCCAUGAAUGCUCAAAAGUAAACCCUGGAGAUAUAAAUAAAGACGAAAUUCAAAAAAUUAUAAAGACUAUAAACAAAAAAGAACAAAUUAUUAAAGAAGUAAAAAAUUCUUUGAUUAAAAAAGAUAUCGAAAAAUGUAAAUUAUAUACAACAAUUCUUAUGUUUGGUUCUUCCAUAUAUUCUAGUAUAAAAUAUUUCUUUUUAUUAAUGUUAUUUGUUAUAUACAUAUUGUAA